AUGUUGCUGACCAUCCUUCUUUUGCUCUGUGCUGGCUUAAACCUAAUAAGGGCCGAAAGCUGUCCUCCCUCGCAGGCCAUUCUGCCCUGUCGCUGUUCCCUGAGGGGAAAGGAAAUUCAGAUAUGGUGCUCCCAUAGCAAUCUGCCUCAGAUUAUGGAUGGCCUGAAGGCUGUGGAGCGGAAUAUCAAGGGAAGGAUCGACGAGCUGGUGCUGGAGAACAACCAGCUGCCGGCGCUGCCGGGUCGCUUCUUCGGGAGCCUUCAAAUCGUCCGUCUAAUGCUCCGCCACAACAGCAUUGAGCGGGUGUCCAAUGGCUGGUUGAACGAGCUGGAGAACGGCCUGGUGGAGAUCUUUGUGGUGGAGCCGCAGCUGCGCAGCAUUCCGGCGGAGAGUCUGAACGGGAUGAUCAACAUGCUGGCCAUCACCAUCCAGAGCGAUGAGCUGAAGCAUUUGCCCGACUUUUCGGGACUGCUGAGCCUCACCUACCUUAGUGUCCAGACGGGAGCGCUGCAGGAGUUGCCGUCGCACCUGUUCCGUCAUCUGCCCAAGCUGCAGCAUAUCCACAUCACCGGCGGCUCAGGACUCACACGCCUGGAGGCGGGUCUCUUCGACGGUUUAAUCUCGCUGAAGAAUCUAGAUCUCUCGCACAACGGCCUCAACUGGAUCCAUCUGCGUGCCCUGUCUCGGUUGCCCAACCUGGUGAGUCUGAAGCUCUCGCACAACCAAAUCAGCGACGUGGGCAUGGUAGGUCGCAUUGUCAAGGAUCUGGAGCACCUAAAGAAGCUGCGGCUGGACCAUAAUCUCAUUAGCGUCAUAGAGGACGGUUCGUUUGUGGAUCUGCCCAAUCUCUCAGAGAUGCAUCUGAACGACAAUAGGAUUACGGAGCUGCAGUACGGAGCCUUCUUGCGCACGCCUCAACUCAAGACAAUCUACCUGCAGAACAAUCUCAUACGACGGAUCCACCCGGAGUCGCUGCUCCAGGCGAGUGGCAGCGGCGUGGAGGCGGUGCACAUCUACAACAAUGAGAUAGGCCAUGUGGAGGCCCUGCGGGCUCUUCUCGACGCUCUACCCAGCCUCCGUUACCUGGACAUGAGUGGGAAUUUGCUGAGCGAACUACCCUACGGAGCUCUCAGGGGUCACGGCACACUGGAGCAGCUCCAUCUCAAUAACAACCAGCUGAGGCUCAUCGAACGAGACGCCCUGAUGGCCAUGCCGGCCCUGAGGGAACUCCGUAUGAGGAACAAUAGUCUCUCCUCGGAUUUGCCUCUGCCCUUCUGGAAUCUGCCCGGACUUAAGGGACUUGAUCUGGCGCAGAAUCAGUUCAGCAGAGUGGAUUCGCAGCUGCUGGCAGGUCUGCCCUCGCUGCGGAGGCUAGAUCUCAGUGAGAAUGGUUUAAUUGAGCUGGCGCCCAAUAGUUUUAGGCACAAUCCCCUCCUGGAAACCCUCAAUAUAUCCUCCAAUGAACUGACCAAAAUCCACUCCUCCACACUGCUGCAUUUGGAAAGACUCUUCGAGGUGGAUGCCAGUUACAAUCAACUAAAAGCGGUCAUUGGAGGCCUUCCCCGUAUUGUAGAGCGCAUCUCUCUGAAGGGUAACCACAUCUCGGCUCUCCCAGCAGCCGCUAGCAAGGAUCUGCAGUUGCCCAAUCUGCGCAUGCUUGAUCUCAGCCAGAAUCGAAUAGAGCAGCUGCCCAGGCACGGUUUCCAGGGGGCAUCCGAGCUGAGGGUCUUGAGUCUGGCUCAGAAUGAGAUUCGCCAGCUGGAGGACACCUCCUUCAUUGGAGUCCAACGCCUGGAGCUGCUCCACCUACAGGAGAACCAACUGGGCGAGGCUGAUGAGCGAGCUCUGCUGCCGCUGGCGGAGCUGAGGAACCUGAAUCUUCAGUCCAACAAACUGGAGGCCAUCACAGAUAAUUUCUUCUCGAACAACAGCAGGCUGGAGCAGUUGGAUUUGUCCAGAAACCUAAUACGUAGCAUCUCACCCACCGCCUUCGAUACCCAGAGAUCUCUGGAGUAUCUGGAUCUGUCGGGCAAUGCCCUGCUGGACAUAUCCGUGGGAUUGGGGAACCUAAACAGCCUCCGGGACAUCGAUCUCAGUUACAAUCAGAUCUCCCGCAUUCAAUCCGAUGUGAUUGGCGGUUGGCGCAAUGUCGUGGAGAUCCGUUUGUCCAAUAAUCUUAUUGUGGAGCUGCAGCAGGGCACCUUCCGAAAUCUGCCAAAGCUUCAGUAUCUUGAUUUGAGCAGCAAUGAGAUCAGGAACGUGGAACCAGGAGCUCUUAAGGGUCUGGACGAGCUGCAGGAAUUCGUUUUGGCGGACAAUAAGUUGGUGGAGCUCAAAGAUCAUGUCUUUGAGGAGCUACCGAGUCUCCUGGCUUCCCACUUUCAGUACAACAAACUGCGUUACAUCUCGCCGGAAAGCUUCCACAAUGCCAACUCCUUGGUGUUUCUCAAUUUGUCCAAUAACCACUUUAGGAACAUGGAGAAUAUAGGUCUUCGCAGCAUGCGCAAUCUGGAGGUCUUGGAUCUGUCCACCAAUGGAGUCAAGUUGGUGUCUACGAUGCCGCUGAAGGCCCUCAAUUGGCUGGUGGAGCUUAAAAUGGACAAUAAUCAGAUAUGUAGGAUUCAGGGCUCUCCUUUCGAGACAAUGCCUCGUUUGCGUGUCUUAUCCAUGCGAAACAACCAACUGAGGAGCAUCAAAGAGAGAACUUUCCGAAACCUCCGAGGAAACAUAGCCAUUUUAGAUGUGGAUGGAAAUCCCAUUGAUUGCAACUGCGAGAUGCAGUGGCUCUCCGUUUGGCUGCAGGAGACAAACUUCCCCUAUCCGGGGCCCAAGUGCCAGGAUGGACGCCUCCUAAGAGCAGCCCGCAUGGAAAGGAGUCUGUGCGUGGGAACGGAUGUCUUUGGAAACGAGCGGACCUCCGAUGGCAAUCAGCUGCCACUGCUCAACGAGCAUGGCGAUGUCUUCCAGCGGGAUUUGCCAGAGGAUUUCAACGAUGAAUGCGAGGCAUUUGAGGGCACGAGACUGCCAGGUGAUCGUCCUCUAGUCGGCGAAAGCGAAUACUUCUACGAUCAGUAUGUGGACGCCACUGAAGCACCAGACACCACCAACUCUGUGAUCAGCACGUCGCAGCGACCCAAGCCGAAUCCCACCCUGAAUAGUAACUUGGAUCUGAACAAUACAAUACUGCACACCAAGUACUUUAAUCGGAAGCCUCAGCCCGGCUCCGGAUCCCCCUUCACCUUCUUCGGCUAUCCACUGCCCAGUGUGAGCUUGGGUCGCUUCUUUGGCUUCGGGGAUCGGGGACGCAAGCAGCGUACCGAUGGCAGCGACGAGAUGCCCGCCACCCAUCGCAUGGCUCACAUUAGCCUGCCCAGCGGCGGCCAGCGCAGCAAAACCAGGAUGUAUCAGCCGAAUAGUGCAGAGUUCGAGAAGUACCUCAAGGACCAGCAACAGCAGCAGCAGCAGGAGAAGCAGAGUGUGGCCAGGAACCGGUAUGUGGACACGGACCCCACCACCUCUUCACUGGAGGAUGCGCUGAGCAACGAGAGCGGGAGUGCAGCCACCACAAUGGGUGUCUUUCGCACCACCUUCAGGGAGCCAUCGAGCAUCGAACGCGGUGGCUUUCGUCCAAUUGUCCCAGUUCAUGUGGGUGGCUUUAUGCCUGUGCAUGAUCCCCAGCAGCGACGGGGCACGGUGGAGGCGGUGAAUAUUACGGGAAAGCAGCAGCCGGAGGCACAAGCCAAAGACCAGCGUAAUUUUGUACCCAUUCCUGUUCAGACGAGACCCAAACCCACGGUGAGCAAUGGGGAAAGUGCGGAGACAGCCACCUAUGAUGUUACGGAAACCACUCCCGACUUUACUACCACAACGCCUUUGAUGCCGAGCAAUAGGAUGACCACUAGCACAACCAGAGCCACCACAACUACAGUGCGGAGUACAAGACCCACUACCAGCACCCAGGCGCCUCCUGCAUAUGACGGAUCAUCUUCAAGCAGCGAACAGGCUCAAGAGUCGCAGUACGAUGACGAUGAUCUGGAGGCACAAUCCGUGACCUUGCUGCGGCCUCCACCACUAGUGCAUACAACCACAGCGGAGACGAUCCUAUUGAUUCCACCCGCUGAAGAGCAUGUGGCACAGAUAAAGAGCCGAUCCUGGGCGACGACCACCACUACAACAACUCCUCAGAGUCCCAGAAACUAUCAGGCCACUACUGCGCGUCCCACAAGCUCCUUGGCGCCACCUCCUUCACAGCCAGUACGCGGUGGAGGACGCUCCACCAUCACCAAGGUGUACACUCCCCACCAGCAGCAGCCAGUUGCCCAGCCCACGGCGGAGGAGUACCAACGCACCACGCCCAGUGCGGAUAACGAAGGCUUGGCCAGCGAACAUCAGCUCACAGCCAAUGCCCAAAAACGCACAGAGGUGGAGCUCCUCCAGGUGGAUAGAGUGGAUCGCAAGGAUGGUAUGGAUUGGUACUAUGAGAGCUUCAAGAAGAAGCGCGACUUCAAUGGCGGGGCUGCUGUGCGAAAAACAGCCCAGAAAGAAGUGUUCUUCGAUGGAAUAGGAGCAGGUGGUUCCUCCAGUUGGAAUCGAUUGAGCAAGAAGGAGAUUCUUUUCCUCAGCCUGUUAUUGUUGUGGGGAGCAGCGUGUUAAACAGUUUUGUAAGAUCUUAAAAUAUUGUAUUAUGUAUGUUUUUAAAAUAAAGACUUUAUUUUAUAUAUUAAAAUGGAAGAUUUUAUUAC